ACUGAGCAUUGUUUAUUUACGUUAAUUUCUACGUAUUUUACAUUUUGACAUAAAUUGUAAAAUAAAUUGAUGGUUUUCUUUGAAACAAAUUUCUGUUGAGCUUAAAGCAUAAUUUGUGUGUUAUAAUACGGGACAAUGUUAAUUAAAAACAAUGACUGCUAAAAAAAUAUUAACUAAAUGUAAAUUUGAUGAGGGUGAAAAAGUGUUGUGCUAUGAACCUGAUCCUGCUAAAACAAAAGUUCUCUAUGACUCUAAGGUUUUAAAAAUUGUUCCAGAAAAAGAUGAUCAAGGUCGAAAGUUUUACAAAUUUCUUAUCCAUUUUCAGGGGUGGAAUUCCACAUGGGACAGGUAUGUAACUGACGAGUUUAUUCUUAAAGAUACUGAAGAAAAUCGAAAACUUCAAAAAGAACUAGCAGAAGAAGCCCAACUUACUCCGGGUGGAAAUUUAUACAAAAAAGAUAGAAAGAAAAGAAUUAAAGUUGAGCCUAAAAUAGUUGAAGAUUCAAUUAAAUAUUUGGAAGAUGAUAAAUGUACCAUUAAAAAUGAUAAUGAUGAUGUCAUUCAAGUUCCUAGUGAUACAAUAUAUUUACCAAAACGUAAACUUCCUGAUCUUGAAUUUCCUGAAAAUUUGAAGUAUCAUACAGGAUAUAACUGUUAUUUAGCUCAUGAAAAAAAUAUGUUAAUUCAACUUCCGUGUCAACCUAAUGUUGUGACUUUACUAGAAGAUUACUUAAAAUAUUUAGCAAGGAACUAUUUUAUUGAAAGUAGGGUAAAGAAAAAAAAUCGCCCAACUGAAGCUGUUACUAAACAACAAUUAGAAAAACGAUAUCAAAUUUGUAUUGAAGUAUUAGAUGGGCUGCGAAUAUGCUUUAAUACAUUUUUAUUUAGACAGUUAUUGGUUAAUGAAGAUGAACAAGCACAAUACUAUGAAGCAUUGAGAAUAAUUUUAAAACCACCAGUGAAUAAUAGUAACCUUAACCCUGAAAUGAAUGGAGAACAUAAAGCAUGUGAACAUGUAAUAAAUGGUGUUGAAGAAAAUCAUGUGCAAGAAAACAAAAACAAUUUAAGAUCUAGAAGAGAGAAUACACGGAGUACAAAUAGCCAAUAUGCAAGUUCUCAAAGGACAUGUUCAGAUUGCAGUAUGACAAAAUCUCAGUGCUCAAAAAUAGUGCAAGAUAUGUUUGAAAAAGUACGCGAUGAAUAUGUUUCAAAAGCUGAAUCAUGGAAAGCUGUUCCAGAUAGUGCAUAUAAUGAAGAUAUAAAACAACCAGCUAUUGUAUAUGGAGCCUAUCAUCUUUUAAGACUUUUAGAAAAUCUUCCAAAGAUAUUAUCGUAUACAGAAGUGGACGGAGAAAAACUUUUGACAGUUUAUUCCUACAGUAAUGGACUCUUAAAUUUUUUAUCAUCUCAAACACAUUUGUAUGGUAUGCAGUAUUAUGUUAAAAAUGAAAUUAAUAAGCCAGUUAAAUCAUCAACUCAUCUUCGAAAUCAUAGAAAAUGAUAAACUAAGAUAUUUAUUUAUUUAUCAUAAAAUAUUUUUAAUUG